AUGGCUUCUCUCUCCCUUUCCGCUUAUCAAGAACAGGAGGAAAAAAAAGAUGUCCUCCAAAACUGCGAAGAAAUUAUCUCAACCCUCCCUAAAGACACAGGCUGGGGAACCGAGCAUUACUACCAAUAUGAAGGCUUUUGGUACCCCAAGAUUUUUCUUGAAGGUGUCAUUUGGGCACAAGCAAAUUUCAGGGCUAGAGACAAUGACAUUUUCUUGGCCACUUUUCCCAAGUGUGGUACAACAUGGGUGAAGGCUCUCAUGUUUGCCAUCCAAAAUCGAGAAAACUAUGAUUUUUCGUCACAUCCGUUGCUCACAAAAAGCCCUCAGGAUUGUGUGCCCUACAUAGAGUUACUUGCUCACCAAGAUAACCCAAUUGACUACUUUGACGCUAUGGCCUCACCUAGAUUCCUUGCGACUCACAUUCCACACAGGUCAUUGCCAAAGUCCAUUUUGAAUUCUGGUACUAAAAUUGUAUCCGUUGCUAGGAACCCAAAAGAUGUUCUUAUUUCUUAUUGGGUAUUUUCCCAAAAAAUAAGAUCAAAUAUAAACAAGCUAGCUCCUCUUCCCAUAGAAGAGGGGUUUGAGUUGUUCUGCAAAGGGGUUGCACUUUCUGGUCCAUUUUGGGAUAAUGUACUGGGUUAUUGGGAAGCAAGCUUGGAAAACCCAGAGAAGGUUCUGUUUUUGAAGUUUGAGGAUAUCAAGAUUGACACAGAAUGCUCUGUAAAGAGGCUGGCAGAGUUCAUGGGCCUUCCUUUUUCAUCAAAGGAAGAGCAAGAAGGUGCUGUGCGAGAAAUAAUAAAGUUGUGCAGUUUUGACAACUUGAGUAAUUUGGAGGUGAACAAAAGUGGGACAUUUGGUCUGGGGUCCAAAAUUGAUGGCGUUAGUAGAAAAUUCAGCAAUGAUAUCUUCUUCAGACGAGGGCAGACUGGAGACUCAAAGAACCACCUGACACCUGAGAUGCUCGACCGUCUUGACAAAAUUACAAAGCAAAAAUUGGGCGCUUCUGGUCUGAAAUUUUAG